GGGAAGAUAAUGCCAAUAGUUUCGAAGAUAGGAUGAUGAGUUCAAGAUUGGAGUUGCUCUUGAUUAAGUUGGAGACGAUGGAACAUAAGCUACAAAAGAUUGAGGACAAGAUCGAAGUACAUCGAUCCAGCUAUGAACAAGGGCAAAAAGAAAUGUUCGCCGCCACUGAGAAACUUGAACGUCAAAUCACUUUUAAUUUAAGUGAGAUUCACGAUCGGAACCACGAGAAGGUCCAAACAGCUCUUCACAAACUCGAUCAAGACAUCGACGACGUGCAGAACAUCACUUGGCAGUUAAUGAAUACCUUACCACAACUGCAGCAACUAACAACAAUUCUGCAAAAUCAGUUUUGUGUAACACCAACGGAAAAAAAUGUCUCAACGACAACGGAAGUUCCACAGCCCCUGACGACAACUACAACGACAACGACCACAACACCGAAAGAUAAGCAACCUACGUUUUCCUCGUGCAAAGAUGUUCCAUCAAACGAAUCUGGAACAUAUCUGAUCCGUGUGAAUAAUGAUAGUGAACCCUUCAAAGUUUAUUGCGAACAACACUCUUUCGGUGGUGGAUGGAUUGUGUUUCAAUACCGUUUCGAUGGAUCACUGGACUUCUACCGAGGCUGGGAUGAGUUCCGCGACGGAUUUGGUGAUCUGAACAAAGAGUUCUGGUUAGGUCUUGACAAGGUCCACCAGAUAACAAGUGGCCGAAAACACGAACUGAUGGUUGAAUUGAAAGACUUUGAUGGAACCUACGCAUAUGCACGGUAUGAUGCAUUCGAAAUAGGUAGUGAGAGCGAUCAAUACGACUUGAAGCUUCUUGGAAAUCAUAGUGGAACCGCUAGGAAUGGAAUGUACUCUAAUAAGGGUGCGAAGUUCUCGACCAAAGAUCGGGAUAAUAAUGCGGCCUACAAAUAUUGUGCACAGUACUUCGCAGGCGCAUGGUGGUACUGUAAUUGGAGUUGUACUUAUGCAAAUUUGAACGGGCGAUACAUCAAUGCAAACGAUUCUAAAUCAAUGUUUUGGUAUUCUUUCAACUUUAAUGGAUUGAGUUACUCGCGAAUGAUGAUCCGAGAGUUGGAAUAGCGUUUCUAAUUGAAUCAGUAGAUGAGUGCAAGAAAUAAAUAACCUAAAAUGU